CGCUCGCGCUUAGCGUCAGUCCGCUGCUGUCAUUUAGGCGACGGACGAAAAGCGUGCGAACGUAAAAACCUGCUGGAACCGGAGAAGUCGUUUUACGAUGUUAACACUGACAUUGAGACAACUGAUCAGGCCCGUGUGCCGGCGUGUUCCCGCCACGGCUCUCGUCAGAUCCCAGCAUUCAGCAGCGGCGGUCUCUGAUGACGAGCGUUCGUGGACGGGACAGGAGAGUCUGGCUCAGGACGACCCAGAGAUGUGGGAUCUUCUGCAGAAGGAGAAGGACAGACAGAGCCGAGGACUGGAGCUCAUCGCCUCCGAGAACUUCUGCAGUCGUGCGGCUCUCGAGGCUCAGGGUUCGUGUCUCAACAACAAGUACUCUGAAGGAUACCCUGGAAAAAGGUAUUACGGUGGUGCAGAGGUGGUGGAUCAGAUCGAGCUCUUGUGUCAGAAGAGGGCUCUGGAGGCGUUUGACCUCGACCCGGCUCUGUGGGGCGUCAAUGUUCAGCCCUACUCCGGAUCUCCAGCGAACUUCGCCGCUUACACAGCCGUCCUGAACCCUCACGAACGCAUCAUGGGCCUGGACCUGCCCGACGGAGGACAUCUCACUCACGGAUACAUGUCUGAUGUCAAGCGGAUCUCAGCCACCUCCAUCUACUUCGAGUCAAUGCCCUACAAACUCAACCCUGAGUCCGGUCUGAUAGACUACGAUCAGAUGGAGUUGACGGCUCGACUCUUUCGACCCAGACUCAUCAUCGCCGGCACCAGCGCUUACGCUCGCCUCAUCGACUACAGCCGCAUCAAGAAGCUGUGCACCGAGCUGAACGCAUACAUGCUGGCGGACAUGGCUCACAUCAGCGGACUGGUGGCAGGCAAAGCCAUUCCCUCGCCGUUCACACACGCCGACCUCGUCACCACAACCACACACAAAUCACUGCGAGGAUCCAGGGCGGGGCUUAUCUUCUACCGGAAGGGCGUGCGCUCGCUGGAUAAGAAGGGCAAAGAGGUCAUGUAUGACCUGGAGGAGAAGGUCAACUUCUCUGUGUUCCCUUCGCUUCAAGGCGGCCCUCAUAAUCACGCCAUCGCCGGCGUCGCUGUGGCUCUCAAACAGGCCAUGACGCCCAUGUUUCGUGAAUACAUCGCUCAGGUUCUGAAGAACUCGAAGGCCAUGGCCGACGCGCUGCUGAAGAAGGGCUACACGCUGGUCUCGGGAGGAACUGAUAAUCAUCUGGUUCUGGUGGAUCUGAGGCCUCAGGGGAUGGACGGAGCGCGUGCAGAACGGGUUCUAGAGCUGGUGUCCAUCACAGCCAACAAGAACACGUGCCCUGGAGACAAGAGCGCACUGACCCCCGGCGGCCUGAGACUCGGAUCCCCUGCUCUCACGUCUCGUCAGUUCAAGGAGUCUGACUUCCAGCAGGUGGUGGAUUUCUUCGAUCAGGGCAUCAAGAUCGCUCUGGACGUCAAGAAGAAGACCAAAAAGCUGCCAGAUUUCAAGAGUUUCCUGCUGGAAGACUCGGAGACGGCGUCUCGUAUCGCUGAUCUGCGUCGCCGCGUGGAGGCUUUCGCUCGUCCCUUCCCCAUGCCUGGAUUCACUGACCAUUAACGCAGCAUUUCUUCUUUUCUUUAGCUUCAAGAUCAGUCACUAAAUUAUUAAUCAUUUCCUGGAUCUAAGUCUUAAAACGAGUGUCUUAAGUGACAUUAGAAGUGAGUUUCCCUUCCGUGGAUGAUUUAUUCCUCGUGUGUGUGAUCCUUUUAUAACAUUCAGGGCUCGACUAACUUCUAUAUCUUCCAUCUCGAGUGAAGAACAAAUGUUUCUAACAGACUAAUGAUGCUAAAUGUUUCCAGACUGUGAUUUCCGUUCUGAGCCGUCUCUUCUCCUUUGAUGAUCGCAGCUGUUUUGUGAAUGUACAGUAGUGU